AUGAUAUCGAACGACACAUCCAGACGACGAUGUCGUGUGCUUUCUGAGUUGGCAACCCACCUCGCCUCAACCACCGCCCAAAAUGCUUCCUCUCGCGGCAUCCCCCACUUGGACAUGCUGGCCACCCCCUUGGUUGAUGUCAAAUCCCUAUUCCAUCUAGACCCCAACUCCCCCAUCCUCUACAUCGACAACAACACUCCUUGCAACGAAGACUGGCAUAUCAUCGGUUCCCACUUCGCCAAAGUUCAAAAACUCCAUGUAUCAUAUGGCUUCUGCCAUAACCUGAAAUGGUACAGUCUCGAAAAUUGGGAGUCGCUAGAGGAUUUUUUACCCUUCGUUGACAUCGGUGAGACCGAGGAGAGAAGGAACAGAAUGUUAAAGCAUUAUGCCGGAGUCGGAAGGGAGUUAAACCCCACUAAGACCAAGACGCUUGAGAUCAUUGGGGAUAAUGCGAUCAUCAUGUUCAUUGGGUUCUGCCUCCAAUGCUUCCCCGCAGCAGCGGGUUUGGAGAAGGUGACGCUUCAGUCCGCGGACUAUAACGACAUGGGAGAGUGGGCAAACGAUGAUGCGCCGGAGGAAGUAUUCUUUGCGACGUUCUUGCUGGUGCUGGAGAAGUUGAAGGUGUUGAGGUUGAGUGUUGGGGAGCGGUUAUUAUCAUCUCUGGAUGGGUUGGAGGUUGCGCUGUUGAGGAUGUUGUGGCGGUUUUUGCCGCGGAAGUUGGAGGAGUUGCAUUUCAGGGGGCCGGUUGGGCUGGCGCCGUUCUUGGAAGGGUGGAUUGAGGCGUUUGGGGAUGGAAAGUUCUUGCCUUCGUUGAAGUGGAUGAGCUUGCUGGAGUGUGAGAAGCUUCGGGAGGCGGCUGCUGCCAGGGGCAGUCAAUGGGAAUAG